AUGGACCGCUCUUCUCCCCAACCGCUUACUUCGGAACCCAGGCCAAAGUUACCUGAGGAUAAGAAACCUGCGGUAAUUGGGCUUUACGGAUUGCCAGGUUCGGGAAAGUCGUUUCUUUUGAAGGAGUUGCGGAAGCAUCUCAAUCAUUGUGAAUACGAAUUUUACGAAGGCUCUGAGAUGAUUUCGUCCCUUGCCCCUGGCGGGCUGGAGGGAUUCCAGAAACUUGACGAGGCCAUGGCAAAUUACUGGCGAGCACAAGCAAUUGAUCAGAUUGCUCAUGAAUCCCGCCAAAGCGGGAAAACCGCAAUAGUGACAGGGCAUUUCAUGUUCCGAACCAAAGGACACUACAAGGCUGUGUAUACGUCGAAUGACAUGGCCACCUAUGCCCACAUCAUAUAUCUGAACAUAUCAGCUAAAACCCUAUAUAGUCAACGACAAGAAGAUACAAAUAGGGUGCGCCAAUUCUUGUCUAUGCAGGAUUUGGAGACGUGGCAGCGAACUGAGAUGGAGGAGUUAUCCCGUCUCUGUCAGGAACAUGGCAUUCUCUUCUCUCGCCUGGCUGAACAACCAGACAACCAACUCUUUACUGCCUUGAGGCUGAUACAAUUUUCACACCGAGUUUCCACCGUGCCGAACAUGGUUCGCGUCGACGCUAGGAUCGGUGAGAUUCUAUCCGGCCAAAAUAACUUGCAAACGAUGCUUGUAGUCGAUGCAGACAAAACCAUAUCUACAGAAGACACAGGAAAGACGUUUUGGAACGCCCGGGGCUCGCUUGAAAAGUUGUUUGGCGGCCCGCUGGGUUAUUCUGAGGCUGCAUUUCUCCAGGCAGUGCUUCUGUACGAAGAAGCAGCCGACGAAGAGGAAUUCGAGCGCAUGUGCGACAGUGUGGCGUCCAGAACCAGGAUUCAUGCGGAGUUCAAGGCGCUUUUUGAAAUGAUGGCAACUGAAGAUCAUGUAGGUGCUGUCGUCGUGACUUGUGGUAUUCGGCGAGUUUGGGAGAAGGUACUGGAGAGAGAAGGACUGUCCCAAACAGUCAAGGUCAUUGGGGGUGCGAGGAUUUCAGAUGACAUGGUUGUUACGGCGGAGGUGAAGGCUCAGAUUGUUUCGAGACUGCAGCGCAGGGAGAAUCUCCGUGUUUGGGCCAUUGGUGAUAGCCCCCUGGACCUGCCCAUGCUCGAGGCGGCCGAUGAAGCCAUUGUUGUCACUGGCGAGGAGCAAAACAGGAGUCGCAGCAUGGAUAAUGCGCUCCUGGAAGCCAUCGAGGCCAGAGGGCUCAGAGUGCGACAAGUCCUGCUGCCGAGUAACGUCUCCCCACGACUCACGGAUGCCGUGCUUGCUCAAAUUCGUCUUACCGACGAGGAAUUUCUGGACGCCAUCUUUUCUCGUCGGCGUCGUCUACACCCGAAUGUUUGGCACGCCACUGGAGGGAACGCCGCCAAGUUGCUCAUGUCCCCGACUCGAGAUGCCAUGGUCGCCGGCCCGACGUUGAGGAAAGCCCACGCCAGCGUAGGGCUCUAUCUUGCCUGGGGAUUCCUGUCGGAGCUGCUGGGGGUCGAGGAGUAUCCCAUGCAGCAUGUGCAAGGCCAUCAGGUCAUGGGCCACCGCCUCCGACAUGAGCGAGAGACUACCAUUGUUGCCCUGAUGCGCGGCGGUGAGCCCCUGGCUUUGGGGUUGAAUGAAGCUUUGCCUCUUGCCAUGUUUGUUCAUGCUACCUCCCCGGACGACAUUCAAAGAGACCAUAUCGAGAACCAAAAGACCGUGGUCCUUGUUGAUUCCGUGGUCAACAGCGGCAAAACAUUGAUCGAGUUCAUCGAACGAACGCGCAACUUGCGCAAGGAUAUACGCAUCGUCGUUGUGGCAGGCGUGGUCCAAACAGAUGCCGUCAUGCAGGAGCACGCGCUUGCCGGCGCUAUAGAGCAGCAUGGCGUUCAUAUUGGAGCGCUUCGUCUGUCGGAGAAUAAGUUUACCGGAUUCAAGGACGCAUUCGCAAAGCGAAAGAUUGAGCUUUCUUCCCUGGAUUCCAGGAAGCUCAUCGCCGACGCCCGGUUGAUGAAGCUUGCGCCUAAAACAGACGGCAAGGGCGCUGAAAAGUGCCCCCCAUUAUCAUACUUGUUCGAAGCAUGGGACGGUGAAGAUUGCAAACAUGCCAAUGUGGUCGUUACGGUGGAAGUUACAGCAGAUAACAAGCGCUCUCUCAAAGAGUACAGCGACCGCAUUCUCGAAUGCUUCGGCGAGGGCCGCCGUGACAAGAAGGAGAAGAAAAAGGGAGCCAGCAAGUUCUUGAGCAGCAGACGCGGCGUCAGGUCGACAUUUCGACGUGUGUUUUUGCGCGCUGCUUGGACUUGA